AUGGCUUCCCUUCUUCAAAUUCUCGGCGACUUCCCUCGUCGCCUUGCGGUAUUCCUUGACCGCCCUGGCUUCCCGUGGAAGAAACUGAUCCUGGGGUUUUCUUUGGGCCAAUAUGUGCUCGAAGGUCUCUUAUCGCUGAGGCAGUAUAGAGUGCUGCAAAAGAAAAAACCGCCCAAGACAUUGGAGGAUGAAAUCUCCCAGGAUGUUUUCGACCAGAGUCAAGCAUACGGUCGCGCAAAAGCCGAAUUCGGCUUCUUCUCCGGCCUUUACUCCCAGAUCCAGAACGUCCUCUUCAUUCAAUACGAUGUCUUACCUAAGCUCUGGUCGUUGACAGGUCUCUGGCUGGCCCGUUACCUCCCAGAUCGAUUCUCCGGCGAGAUUUCCCACUCGGUGCUCUUCUUCUUGACUUUCACUCUCAUCUCCCAGAUCUUGGCACUGCCACCUUCAUACUACAGCACUUUCGUCUUGGAAGAGAAGUUCGGUUUCAAUAAACAGACAGUGAAGUUGUGGAUCACGGAUAUGCUCAAAGGCCAGGCGUUGAUGGUGGUAUUGGGGACACCUUUACUGAGCGCCUUUCUCAAGAUCAUCCAGGUGACGGGCACAAGGUUCUUCUACUAUCUCUGGCUCUUUGGGAUUGUCGUCCAACUCUUUGCCAUUACCAUUUAUCCGAUCUUCAUUCUCCCAUUGUUCAACAAGCUAUCACCCCUCGAGCCUGGAGAACUCAAAUCUGGAGUGGAAGCGUUAGCGCAAAGACUGAAGUUCCCCCUGAAGUCCCUGUACGUUAUCGAUGGAAGCAAACGGAGUGCGCAUAGCAAUGCGUACUUCUUCGGGUUGCCGUGGAAGAAGCACAUUGUCAUUUACGACACCCUGAUCGAAAAGAGUGAACCUCAAGAAGUGGUGGCGGUGCUGGGUCAUGAGCUAGGGCAUUGGAGUCUGGCUCAUACCACAAAACUGUUCGCAAUUGCACAGUUCCACAUGUUUUACAUCUUUGCGCUCUUCAGCAUCUUCAUCGACAACAAUUCCCUUUACUCCUCCUUCGGCUUUCACGACUCGCACCCCAUCAUUAUCGGCUUCAUCUUGUUCUCAGAUGCCCUCGCUCCGAUGGAUGCCGUGGUGAAGCUUCUUAUGAACGUGCUCUCCCGGAAAUUCGAAUUCGAAGCCGACGCAUUCGCAACUAGAUUGGGAUAUGAGAAGGAGUUGGCCAGGAGUCUGAUCAAAUUGCAAGUGCAAAAUUUGAGCACCAUGGACGCCGAUUGGAUGUACGCAAGCUACCAUUAUAGCCAUCCCAUUCUAGCGGAGAGAUUGGCUGCGCUGGGGUGGAAAAGUUCCAAGCCAACAGCGAAUGGAAAGGUCGUUGAGUUGGGUGAGAAGGUUGUGGAUGCGGAUGUCGUGAAAGCGAGCCAGAGGGAGCUGUGA